AUGAAGAUGACAGUUAAUCGAAUAAGAGUUGUGGUGCUGGGGAGCGCGCGCUGCGGCAAGUCUGCCGUGGUGGUUCGUUAUUUAACGAAGCGGUACAUUGGCGAGUACAGCUCAACUGGCGAUUUCCUGUAUCAACAUCGGGUGGCGUUCGACGGCGCCACGUCUGAAGUGGAAGUCUUAGAUACGUGCGGGUGCGCCAAACGAGGAUGUUUAGCAGAACACCUACGGUGGGGGGAUGCCUUUGCAGUAGUGUACUCGGUGUGUGACAGACGGUCAUUCAUUGCUGCUGGAGAACUGCUGGCUUUACUGGAGAGGACCAGACUUCCAGGCUGCACCGCUGUCACUCUGCUCGGCAACAAACGUGACCUGGAACAUGCCAGAGUUGUCAAAGCGGAAGAGGGUCAAGAGCUGUCGUUGCGGUUUGGUUGUCAGUUCUACGAGGUGUCGGCGGCGGAGUCGUGCGCGGGCGCAGCACUCGCGUUCCACGCGCUGCUGCGGGAGGCGCGCGCGCUGGCGCUCUUGUUGCCCGCCCCCAGGCGAAAGCUCGCUGCCUACUCUGUCUCUAAAGUAAUCGGCACAAUCCUCGGUUUGAGCAACAAAAGCGUCAGGAAGAAACGGCCAUCAUUGAGCAUAUGA